UCCUGCGGGCCGGGCCGGGCCGUCUCCGCCCCGCUGCCCGGUGCUGCCCGCGGCCUGGGCCUCCGCCGCCGCCGCGCCGCGCCCCGCCCCGCGGCCGCCAUGCCGCACAGCUUCAAGCCUGGGGACCUCGUCUUCGCCAAGAUGAAGGGCUACCCGCACUGGCCCGCCCGGAUCGAUGACAUCGCGGACGGCGCCGUGAAACCCCCGCCGAACAAGUACCCCAUCUUCUUCUUCGGCACUCACGAGACCGCCUUCUUGGGCCCCAAAGACCUGUUCCCCUAUGAAAAGUAUAAGGACAAAUAUGGGAAAACAAACAAGAGAAAAGGCUUCAACGAGGGAUUGUGGGAAAUCCAGAACAACCCUCACGCCAGUUACAGUGCCCCUCCGCCCGCGAGCUCCUCUGACAGCGACGUUCCCGAGAACGACCCCAUGGGGGGAAGCGACGCAGGGGACGACGAGGACGACCCCGCCAUGGCUGCGGUCACCGCAGAGAAAAUGGAAAGCGACGAGGACUCGGAUCGAGGCAGCGACCACAGCGGGCUCAAGCGAAAAUCGUUGGCGAUGAAAAUGCCGGUGGCAAAACGGCCUCGGAAAUCUUCCAGCGACCUGGAUCAGGGCAGUCCCUCCCUGACAGAAGAGGAGAACUCAGAAACGUCCUCUGAGUCGGAAAAAAAACAGCGACCAGGUGAGGAGGAUUUCACUCCCGAGAAGAAGCCAGUGGCCAGGGCUCCCCGGAGGAUGCCUGCAGGGGGCAGGAAGAAGAAGAAAGUGGAGUCUGGCUCCGAUUCGGAUUCCAAAGUGGACUCGGACUCGGAAAUGGGAAACGCAACCGUGGACAUGACCAAGUCGGACUCCAACUCCGAUUCGGACUCCGACGUGUCUGUGAAAAAGCCUCAGCGGGGCAGGAAGCCAGCUGAGAAGCCCCCUCCCAAGCCCCGUGGCAGAAAACCGAAGCCCGAGCGUGUCCCGACCAGCUCCAGCAGUGACAGCGACAGCGACAGCGACGUGGACCGCAUCAGCGAGUGGAAGAGACGGGACGAAGAGCGGCGGCGGGAGCUGGAAGAGAAGAGGAAGAGGGAGCAGGAGGAGGAGAUCCGUCGGCUGCGGGAGCAGGAGAAGGAGGAGAAGGAGAAGAGGAAGGAGAAAGCAGAGAAGGGCGAGGAGCCGCACUCGGACAGCGACAGCAGCGCGGAUGACGAAGUAGCCAAAAAGGGCCGGAAAGGCCGGGCCAAGGCUCCGUCCUCCUCAGACUCCGAUCUGGAGGUGGAGAAGGAGGUAAAGAAGCCGGCGAAGAAGCAGCCCUCGGAGUUGUCAAGGAAACCGAAUCAGAAGGAGAAGAGGGGCCGAGCGGAGGAGAAACCGCGGAACAAACCUCUGAAAGUGGAACGAGGCCGCAAGAAGUCUGAGCUGAUCCCCGAAAGGAGGAUGGAGAAGAAAAAGGAGCCCACCGUGGAAGAGAAACUUCAGAAACUUCACAGCGAGAUCAAGUUUGCCCUGAAGGUGGACAACCCGGACAUCAAACGGUGCCUGAACGCGCUGGAGGAGCUGGGCACGCUCCAGGUCACCUCACACAUCCUCCAGAAGCACACGGACGUGGUGGCUACUCUGAAAAAGAUCCGUCGCUAUAAAGCAAACAAAGAAGUGAUGGAGAAAGCCGCCGAAGUUUACACCCGGUUGAAGUCACGUGUCCUGGGACCAAAGAUGGAGGCGAUCCAGAAAGCCAACAAAGCCGGUCCGGAGAAGGACAAGGGGGAUGUGGACAAGAGCCAGGAGAAGCUGGCGGGAGGGGAGACGCGGAAUGAGAAGGGGGAAGAGGAGACAAACGCCGACCUGUCAGGUCCUGUGAACGGUGAAUCCCUAUCCCAAAAAGCGGAGGGCACAGAGGAGAAGGAGCGAGACAAAAGCCAAGGGCCGGGAGCCGGCGAGCUGGAGGCAUCUGCCGAGGAGGCCCACAACAACGUGCAGGACUAUCCCAAGGCCGAGCGCGAGAGGGCUCGCGGGGAGUCAGAGUCUGUGGAUGACGCGGAGGAGAGCUGAGGAAGCGGGUCCUGCCUGAAGGAGGAUGCAGAGGGGGCUGCGCUGCCUGACGUGAAGGGAGACCGGCCUCCGCCUCGCCCAUCUUUGAGUUACUUCACUAAGUCACACAGUAGCUGAUGUCCUAGGUCUUGUCCUGUGCCCCUGACCCUGUGAAAGCACCGAACACAGGGGGAGACUGUGCUGUUUGUCUGUAUUUGUCCCCUCUUUUUUUUUUUUUUUCCCCACCUCCACCUAAUUUCUUGUGAUUUCAACCGACAUGAAAUGAAUAUAAAGGGUUUUUUAAUGAAAAA